UUCUUUCGACAUUCGACAUAUCUUCCCUUUCCAGGCCACUCGGCAGCGUGCAGUUACCUUUAACAAUAAAGGUGGUUACAGUCACCCAGUUUAUCUCAUGUACACGUAAAGAGUCCUUAGUCUUGUCCUAAUCAUCACGAUUAGUAAAUCUCUCACACGUCGGGGUUUAUCUUGGCUCUAUUACACCACACACGAAGCCCGAAGCCUGGAACAACUUUUGUUUGUGUUUUUCCAAGAUGGCGGCCGGAAUGUAUCUGGAGCACUAUUUAGACAGUAUAGAGAACCUUCCCUUUGAGCUUCAAAGGAAUUUUCAGCUCAUGCGAGACUUGGACCAGAGGACCGAAGAUCUGAAGGGACAGAUCGAUUCCCUGGCUCGUGACUACACGGCAAACGCCCGGACCUUGUCCUCAGAGCAGAAACUGUCUCUCCUGAAGCAGAUCCAGCAGUCCUACGGGAAGUGCAAAGAGUUCGGGGACGACAAGGUCCAGCUGGCCAUGCAGACCUACGAGAUGGUGGACAAACACAUCCGGAGGCUGGACACAGAUUUGGCCCGUUUCGAGGCAGACCUCAAAGAAAAACAGAUCGAAAGCACAGACUACGAUUCUACCUCCAGUAAGGGGAACAAGAGUGACCUUCGGGGGCCUAAGGAGAAAAAGGUGUCUCGCACCAGGUCAAAGGUCAAGAACUCUGACGAUGACUGCAGUCCUAAGAGCAGCCAGAAGAAAGUCAAGCUAACGCAAACAAACGAGUUCACGUCUCCGACUGUGAAUUUCGGCAACGUUCACCCCUCGGAUGUGCUGGACAUGCCGGUGGACCCAAACGAGCCGACGUACUGUCUGUGCCACCAGGUCUCUUAUGGGGAGAUGAUUGGCUGUGACAACACUGAUUGCUCCAUUGAGUGGUUUCACUUUGCUUGUGUUGGCCUGACCACUAAGCCCAGGGGAAAAUGGUACUGCCCAAGAUGUUCACAGGAACGCAAGAAAAAGUGAACCUUCUUUUAAAGAAGGAAAAAAAUAAGCACGAUAUUAAAUAAGGCAGAGAAUGAGGUAGAACGACAAGGAAAUGAGGUGCAAAGCUCCUCCACCCAAAUCUCUCUCUCUCUCUCUCUCUCUCUCUCUCUCUCUCUCUCUCUCUCUCUCUCUCUCGACACUAAUAUAGAUUCAUGCUCUGCUUAAUCUGGUGCUCGUCCUCCUGUCUGCUAUCCUCACUUUCUUCUCUCUGUACAACAGAAAGCAGGGAUGACUGAUGGACGUAGGAGCUGUAGUUAUAACUGUAGCUUAAUUUAUGUCUCUUGUAAUGACUGUUACUUGUAUUUUUGUUACUUUUGCUUUUUAUAUACAUGUUUUACUUUGAGUAGUCAUCGUAUUGUUUGGUUGUUUUUUUUUUUUUUUUUUAAACUACGCUUUUCUUUGUACAGUUACACAAACACAGCAGUGGUGUUAAAUCAGGGAACACGACACUCUGUCCUUUAAAUACGGUAUUUUACCAGACUUGCUGUUCUUUACCAAACGGUUUCGAGUCAAACACUGGCACGAGGUGAACCUACACAAACUAGUUCUUCUCACAGACUGUUUUUUUAAUCUCUUGACAUUCUCUCUUCACUUUUCAUUCUUGGCGAUCGUAUUUUCUCAGCGUGUCCAUGUUAGCUACCUUUCUCCUCACGGGUACCUCGGGAAAAGUAUUUAGGGGACACGUGUAUCGAGCUUCGCCGUGAGUUUCACACUCGCACACAACGCACAUAAACCAGUGACUUUCACUCGUAGGUUGCUAACACACAUUUCAGGUUUAUUCCACAACUAGCUGCUGUGAAGAAAAUUUCCUCUGGUGCUCACGAACUUUCCAAAAUCGAACGGAUGGCGUUAAACACAAAAAGGUGAAGAAUCGCUUUUAGGCUGCGACGGUGCAUUCGUGUAAACGCGGCUUAAAGGUUCCUUCGUGUAUUAAACUCGCUGUAUUAAAAAAACAAGCUGCAAACAAAAAAAAACGCUUGCAUUUGACCUCUAAUAUCGAUUUAUUAUUUUUGUUGUAAUAUUUUGUUGUAACAUAUAUAAUGUUUGACUGGAUUAUGGUGCUGUUAGAGAUCGUAUUAGAUCGUAGGUGAUUGCAGGAAAGUCAUCGUUACACUCCAUUGUUAAUCUCUCCAUCACGUGGCUGGUGCCAGAGGUUAAGGUGCUCUUCUUUCAUAGUUCGCAACCUUUUAUUUAAAACUCGGCUUCGAUAUUUAACACGGAAUUUGCUAACACUUUAUUUGAAACAUUUAUUAACACAUCCAUAAGCUAUGCAUAAAUAUUUUAUAAAGCAGCGCCCGACAAAAUGGUUUCUGUCAGAACUGGCUGAGGUUUCGUGUGACACUCGACACGUAAGCUUUCCUGAUUGUUUAAAAAGGUGUCGACUUUCUACAGAGCGACGUUUUAAAUACAAAUCGAAGUAACGUUUUAGUUUGUGGGCUUUUACUUAUUUUUUUUUUAAUUUUAUUUAUUUUUUUUAAGCUUAUCAUAAAUAUGUAAAUGAGCCUUUCAAUGCAAAUUGAACCAAAAAAAAAGGAAACGCUUCACGUCUAUAAGAAGUAAAUCGAGUAAAUUCUACUACCGAAAGUGAGGGUGAAAGAUGAACACUAAAUACGACAGAAUAACUUGAAAAGAUUUACAGAUUUCACUCAACACCGUGCUGACCGUUGAGGCCUUUUUUUCCCUACUGAUGUAAAGACGAAUGCAUUAAAUUACGUCAGAACUUUCACAAAAUCUUCCAGGUUUUGACCCACAUCUAGUAUUGCUUUGUAAAAGAUUUAUCCCAUUUUAAAAUAAAGUGUUACCGUAGUUACUAGUAUAUCUUUAAGUGUGUGUAUUUUGGCUGAUUUGCUGUCACAAGGCGUUGUGUGUGUUAUUAAAAUAUGACGUCAGCCUGAAGGUGGAAUUUGCAUGAAGUGUUUGUGAAGGUACUUUGAUUGUAAUUUGAUUGUUACAGAAGUUUAUACUAAUGUCACAUUCUGUGUUUAGUGUCUUCCAUGUUGACUGAACAACGCCUGAUGUCUGAAACGGA